CUUUCAUUGAGAAACAGCAUUAACGUGAGCUGUGGACAGCAUCGUUCUGGAAUUUAUUCGUAUUAACGAUUUGGGAGCGACGAGCCCAUUUGUGAGGGAUGUCUACCCCCGCAAGAAGGAGACUAAUGAGAGAUUUUAAGAGAUUACAAGAAGAUCCACCCACUGGAGUAUCAGGAGCACCUACAGACAAUAAUAUUAUGAUAUGGAAUGCAGUUAUAUUUGGACCACAUGAUACUCCAUUUGAAGAUGGUACCUUUAAACUUACAAUAGAAUUUACGGAAGAAUAUCCAAACAAACCACCUACAGUGAGAUUUAUUAGUAAGAUGUUCCACCCUAAUGUAUAUGCUGAUGGAGGCAUCUGUUUGGACAUAUUACAGAAUCGUUGGAGCCCUACUUAUGAUGUGUCUGCUAUUUUAACAUCCAUACAGUCCCUUUUGGAUGAACCAAAUCCAAAUUCUCCAGCAAAUUCAUUAGCUGCACGAUUAUAUCAAGAAAAUAAGCGGGAAUAUGAGAAGAGAGUAGAUGCUAUUGUAGAACAGUCUUGGUUGAACUUCCAAGAAAGUCAUACAGAAGAUAGCCGCUGACAUUAAGUAUGGUUCAUUCAGAAUUUUAAGGAUGUUUAUUUGAGUCUUUCUUUUUUAAUUUUUUAAUUCAUGGCCUGAAAUAUUUUUCCAUGCUAGUAAAUCAAGACAUUAAAUCCUCCAUUGUUCUACAGAAUUUUUUUUAUACACUCUAGUUUAAAGUGGUAUUUAAUUUUAUAAUAUAAAAAUAAAAAAAUUUAUUUAAUAUUAAUUAUGUUUCAAAUAUGUAAAAAAGUGUAGAACAUUGGAGUGAUGUGGAAUUGUACUGUGCAUUAUGUGAUCUUUAUCUAUAAACAUAAAUAAAAUGUAUAUUAUUUUGCUCAUUUAUAAUUAGGAACCCAGUUAUUACAUAACAAAAUUAUAAAAAUAAAAAUAUACAUAUAAUUAUCU